AUGGCAAAGCCAUCGGCUUCAGCUCAGGAGCAUAACCCAUCUCCUCAUACUCCUCUCUUAUCAAAUCAAGAGCCAGACCAAGUGUCAGGUCCGGCGGCCACCCCACUAUCAGUCCUCAUCCUUUACUUCAUGGCAAUACAUUUCCUGCUUGCGUUUUGCGAAAUCAUCCUCGUUGCUCCAUUUAUCAAACUACUUGAGAAUUCCUUGUGUCUUUCUUAUUACAACUUUCCGGGGAAUGGAGUACAGGACGAGUUAUGUAAGAUUCCUGAUAUUCAGGGUCCACUCGCAACUCUCAGAGGUUGGAAAUCAAGCUUUGAUACUAUUCCAGUUCUGCUUGUUGCUAUUCCGUUUGGGAGAUUAGGGGAUCGCUAUGGGAGGAGGAAGAUAUUGGCAACUGCUCUGGUGGGCGUUGCAGCAUCGUUGUGUGAGGUAUUUGUCGUUUGUGCAUUUCCAAAGGUGUUCCCUGUCCGGCUAGUCUGGCUGUCUUCGAUUCUUCUCCUUUGUGGCGGGGGUUUAAAUUCAGCAUCUGCAUACAUGUGGGCAAUGGCCUCGGAGGCUAUACCUUCAAAACAGAGGAGCCAUGGCUUUUAUUAUAUAUUUUCAGCGUUUUACGUUGCGGAGCUUAUUGCUUCAUUCGUGGCAUCGGUCACUACAGAUAUCUCGCCCUGGAUUCCUUGUAGCCUAGCUAUGGGUUCAAUCAUUUUAUGCUUAAUCCUCCUAGCAGUCAUGCCCGACCCAAGAGGCUCGAAAAACCAUUCAGAAAGCCCCGAAAGUCACAUAGCAGAAGACUAUACCUCACGCACCAUCACAAAACCCACUACAACAUCCCGCCUCCUAACGCUUCUCUCAAACCCCAACAUCCUCUUCACAGUCCCCGUCUUCCUCGUCGGCAUUCUCCGCUACACAACCCUCAAUGUCCUAAUCCAAUACGCCAACAUCCGGUUCCACCUCCCUCUCUCCACCGGCGCAACAUUCUAUACAGAAACUGCAGGCAUCAAUAUCCUCCUCUUCCUCUUCCUCAUCCCCGCCCUAACAUCCCAUAUCCGCACCAACUACGCCGUGCGCCCACAGACCAUAGACCUCUUCCUCGUCCGCACAAGUGUGUGUUUGAUGUCCAUGGGCUCUCUCGCCAUCGGACUAGCUCCCACUACAUCCCUCUUGCCACUCGGCGUCGCCAUCUUCUCAACCGGCUUCGGCUCCCGCGUCUCCGCGCUCUCGCUAAUCUCAACCUGGAUAACGCCCAGUGACAAAGCCACCGUCUACGCCAGCAUCACCGUGCUGGAAAGUCUAGGCCACGCGGUAGGAGAUCCGGGCAUGCAGCAUAUAUUUGCCGCAUCAUUAAGACUCGAGAACUUCUGGCUUGCGAUGCCAUUUUUCGUUGCUGCGGGAUGUUAUUGCUUAGCGACGAUAUCUACUAUGUUUAUCAGAAUCGAGAAAGAAGUCGAGGGUGAAGGCGAGGACGAGUGA